CUAAUACCGUUGUGCUCUCCCCUGUUGCAGAUCAAUGCGGCCCAAACAUGUUCCGGUGCGCGGAGGGCAAGUGCAUCCCUCAGCUGGCGGUGUGCAACUACCAAAAGGACUGCGAGAAGGCGGAGGACGAAUACCAGACCUGUCCGCCGCCCGAGUGCGAGCCCGGCUACCUGUCCUGCAGCCAGUACGUGUUCAACAAGACCUACUGCAUCCCUCCGCACCAGCGCUGCGACAUGCAGGUGGACUGCGUGGACGGCACUGACGAGGCUGAGUGCACGUACCGGAAGUGUCAGGCGGACGACUUCCGAUGCGGCGCCGGCGCGGACAAUGCGGGGCUGUGCCUGCCCAAGGACAAGCGGUGCGACGGCUACCUGGACUGCCGCAACCGUCGCGACGAGGAGGGCUGCCCCGGCACCGGCGUCGCCUGCCAGCUGGACCAGUUCCGGUGCGCGGACGGCUCCAAGUGCGUGGACCUGGGCCUCAAGUGUAACCACCGGACGGACUGUCAGGACGGCAGCGACGAGGAGAACUGCAACUUCCCCGCCUGCCACGUGGGUCAGUUCCGGUGCGCCAACGCGCUCUGCAUCCCGAUGUCGUUCCACUGCGACGGCUACCGGGACUGCACGGACGGUUCGGACGAGCUCAACUGCACGGCCACGGCGUGCCCGGAGAACAAGUUCCUCUGCCCCAAGGGCGGCUCCGACCACUCGCCCAAGUGCAUCCAGCGCACGCAGCUCUGCGACGGCAAGAGGGACUGCGCCGACGGUGCCGACGAGGAGGCCGCCUGCUCGACGAGCAGCUGCCCUUCGCUCCGAUGCGAGUACAAGUGCCAAGCUUCGCUGACGGGAGGGUCCUGCUACUGCCCCGAGGGCAGGAAGGUUGCCAACGACUCCCUGUCGUGCAUAGACCGAGACGAGUGCCAGGAGUGGGGCUUCUGCGACCAGCUGUGCACCAACACGGACGGCUCGUACUCGUGCGCGUGCGACAACGGCUACUGGCUGACGGGGAAGUCCCACUGCACGGCGCGCAACUCGAACGGCUCGCUGCAGCUGCUGUUCGCCUACGACCGGUCCGUGUGGCGUAUGGACUCGACGGGGUCCAACAAGAAGCUUGUGGCCAACGCGACGGGCGCCGCGGGCCUCGACUUCCACUACGCCAAGGACCUGCUGUUCUGGUCCGACACCAAGACCCGCAAGGUGCACGUGCAGUCCCUGCUCGGCGAGCCCAACGCGCCGACGCCGCUCGCCGCCGACGCCACCGCGUCCGACAUCAUGCUGCCCGGCACCUGGUCGCCCGUCGCCAUCGCCGUCGACUGGAUCGGCGACAAGCUUUACGUGGCCGACGCCAUCGGCCUCAAGAUCGACGUGUUCGAGUUCGACAACCGACGGCAUGCCAUCGUUCUGGGCAGCAAUCUCACCGCCCCGGCGGACCUCGCCCUGGACCCCACUGUCGGGGUCAUGUUUGUUGCAGACAGUAGCCAUGUCCUCCGUGCCAAUAUGGAUGGCACAAAUACUAAGUCAAUUGUUUCAGAGGCUGCUUACAAGGCAUCUGGAAUUGCUGUGGACAUUAUAGCCAAAAGGGUUUUUUGGUGUGACUCUCUUCUGGACUACAUUGAAACUGUUGAUUAUGAUGGAAACAGGAGACAUAUGGUUGUGAGAGGUCAAUCAGUCCCAUCUCCCUCUCGUCUCACAGUCUUUGAAAAUCGAGUAUUCUGGUCAGAUGGAACCAAACAGGGUAUAAUGAGUGUAGAUAAGUUCUUAGGGGCCGAAUCAAUGAGUAUGGUUUAUAAAGAUAAGUCAGCGCGAGAACCAAGGAGUGUGAAAGCUGUACAUAGUUUAGUUCAGAAGCGCGUUACCAAUCCAUGUGGAAACAAUAAUGGUGGUUGCCAGCAUAUGUGCAUUGUCACAGCCUCAACUGAAAAUGAGAACCAACUAGGCUUCAGAUGUGCUUGCAACAUUGGUUGGAUGCUUGCAAGUGAUCAACGUAACUGCUAUCUCGUUAGAGAGUUCCUGAUGUCAUCCCAGCAGAGGUUCAUCAAGGGACGAGUUUUAGACCCCGUGAUUGAGGGCUUUGGUGAUGCUAUAUUACCUGUAGUCUCAAGACGGGCUCGUUUCGUUGGCCUCGAUUUUGAUGCCAAAGAAGAAUUUAUUUAUUACUCUGAUGUCUUACAAGAUGUUAUUUAUAGGAUACACAAAAAUGGGACAGGACGGGAAAUUGUCUUGGCCUCCCAGAAUGAAGGUGUUGAAGGCCUUGCUGUUGACUGGGCAUCAAAAAACCUAUACUAUAUUGAUAGUAGAAAGGGCACUCUUAAUGUUUUGAGCACAAGGAAUGUGACAUAUCGCCGCACUCUUCUGAAAAAUCUUAAACGCCCAAGAGCCAUUGUUGUGCAUCCUAAUAAAGGGUACAUUUUCUUUUCUGAAUGGGACCGGCCUGCAAAUAUUAGUCGUGCAAAUUCUGAUGGAACAGAUUUGCUUAUAUUCCGCAAUGUCACACUUGGUUGGCCGAAUGGUCUCUCUGUGGACUUUAUCAAAGACCGACUGUAUUGGUGUGAUGCACUUUUAGACCAUGUCCAACAUUCAAAUUUAGAUGGGUCUGAUGUCAAAACUGUUAAUUCAAGACUGAUACGUCAUCCAUUUUCAAUAGUUGUUCAUCAAGAUUGGAUGUACAUCACUGACUGGAGACUGGAUGCCAUAAUAAAAAUGCACAAGUUAACUGGUGAAAAAGAGGAAAUACUUUUUAGGGAACCACAAACAAAUAGGCUAUAUGGAGUCAAAGUAUACAGUGAUACUGUUCAGACAGUGGACAAGAAACAGCCAUGUCACGUCAACAAUGGUGGAUGCCAGAAAUUGUGUUUUGCUGUCCAUCUAAGUGAUCCAAAUGAGGGACUUGUUGCGAAAUGUGGUUGUCCAUAUGGGGAACGUCUUGCUGCAGAUGAUAAAACUUGCCAACCAGACCCAAAUGCUGAACCUCCAGUUGCAGCAUGUCCCAAUGCUUGGGACUUCACUUGCAACAACCAAAGGUGUAUACCUAAAGCCUGGGUUUGUGAUGGAGACGACGACUGUUUAGAUAAUUCUGAUGAAGAGCAAAACUGCACUAAACCUACAUGUGGAUCAACUGAAUUUCAAUGUGCUUCUGGCCGAUGCAUUCCUCACAACUUUUAUUGUGAUGCAGAAAAUGACUGUGGUGACUAUUCUGACGAAACUGGCUGUGUAAAUGUAACUUGCUCUGUGUCACAGUUUUUGUGUGAAAAUGGUAGAUGUAUCCCAGCCACUUGGAAGUGUGAUUCAGAAAAUGAUUGCGGUGAUGGUAGUGACGAAGGAGAAUUCUGUGCUGAGAAGACUUGCGCCUAUUUCCAAUUUACUUGUCCAAGAUCUGGCCAUUGCAUUCCACAAUCAUGGGUCUGUGAUGGUGACAAUGAUUGUUUUGAUAAUCAAGAUGAAGAAGGUUGUCCUCCAAUCACUUGUUCCGCCACUCAAUUUAAAUGUGCUGAUUUGAAACAGUGUAUUCAAGAAUCAUACAAAUGUGAUGGUAUUCCUGACUGCAAUGAUGGAAGUGAUGAACUAGGAUGUCCAUCUCUGGCUCCUGAUCAGUGUGAUUCAGAAAAGCAAUUCCAGUGUACACAAUCUGCAAUCUGUAUACCCCGAUCGUGGCAUUGUGAUGGCCAACCAGACUGUGAUGAUGAGAGUGAUGAACCCUCUACCUGUGGUGAAGUUGCAUGUCAGAAUGGCUUCUUCAAAUGCAACAAUUCGAAAUGUGUCUUCAAGGCCUACAUUUGUGAUGGAAACAAUGACUGUGGAGAUAAUUCGGAUGAGGAUCCUAGGCAUGCUUGUGGACCUCCCCCAUUCAGAUGUGACUCAGGCCAAUGGCAGUGUCCAGGAGUCGCUGAGCGCUGCAUUAAUAUUUCACAGCUUUGUGACAGCAAACCAGACUGCCCCAAUGGUGCUGAUGAAGGCGAGGGUUGUGAUCUUGCAGAAUGUCAGCAUCAACAUGGACUUUGUUCAAAUGGCUGUCAGCAAACUCCUACUGGGGCUCUUUGUACAUGUCCGUCUGGAGAGGUUUUAUCAAAUGAUACAGUAACAUGUACAGAUCUUAAUGAAUGUGAACCUCCUGGCAUUUGCUCACAAACCUGCACCAACAUAAAGAAAGGAUUUGUAUGCAGCUGUGUUGAGGGAUAUGUUCUGGAAUUUGAUAACAGGACAUGCAAAGCCAUCAAUAGCAGUGCUGCUUUCCUUGUCAUAUCAAAUCGUCACUCAAUUUUAGUGGCAGACCUCAGAGAUCAGGGUUUGGAAAGAGUCCCAAUCAUUGUUGAAAAUGUUGUGGCAACUGCAUCAAAUAUGCACACAAGCACAAUAUUUUGGUCAGACAUGAAGCUGAAGAAAAUUUCUAGGCUGGACAGAGCUAGCAAUAUUGAUGUAGUAGAUGUAAUAUCUACAGGACUUGAUCUAGUUGAAGGUUUAGCUUACGAUUGGGUGGCUGGAAAUCUCUACUGGUUAGAUUCUAGACUUGGAACCAUUGAGGUAGCUCGAGAAAAUGGCUCUGACCGCAUGGUUCUACUUAAGGAGAAUAUAACACAACCAAGAGGAAUGGCACUUGACCCUAGUGAUGAUGCUCGUUGGCUCUUCUGGACUGACUGGGGUGAAAAUCCUAGAAUAGAGAGAGUUGGUAUGGAUGGUACCAAUCGCAGCACUAUUAUCAGCACCAAAAUUUAUUGGCCAAAUGGCUUAACUCUUGAUGUUGCAAACAAGAGAGUUUACUUUGCUGAUUCCAAAUUAGACUUUAUUGAUUUCUGUUUCUACAAUGGAACUGGCAGGCAACAAGUGGUCGCUGGCAGUCAUUAUCUAUUGCAUCCCCAUUCACUUACUGUAUUUGAGGAUACAAUCUACUGGACUGAUCGACAACUGAACAGAGUUCUAUCUGCCCACAAAUUCAAGGGAAAGAAUCAGACUGUAGUGUCGCAUUUGAUAUCACAACCUCUGAGUAUUCAUGUAUUCCAUCCAUCUCUUCAACCAAUCACGGAAAAUCCUUGCAAGAAAGCAAAUUGUGCUCAAUUGUGUCUUCUUUCCCCAUCCUCUCAAACGGGUUACACAUGCAAAUGUAGACCUGGCUUUAGGGCUACGAAGACUGGACAGUGUAUUGAAGAGGAAAAUCCAUUCUUGUUGGUUAUGAGAGGUUCCCAAAUCAUAGAUCUAAGUAUGAUCCCAGGGGACAAAACAAGUGGAUCUCUUACUCCAAUUGUUGGUAUUGAUGGAGGCGUGCUGAUUGACUAUGACCGGAAAACUCAGACUAUGUUUUGGGUUGAAGGAAAGAGUGAUGACCGUAAAGAUGAUGAUGAUGUUGAUGAAAGGGAAAAUUGCACUAUCUGGACUACACCAUAUGGUGGAGGCAACAAAACAGAAUUUUUAGGCAGUGCCAUUGGAAUUGUAGGUGCCCCAUAUACAAUUGCCUUUGAUUGGCUGGGAAGAAAUCUUUUUAUUGGAAAUCGACUAGCAUCAAACUUUGAAGCUGUGAAGGUUGAUGGGAAGGUCAAGCACAGGACUGUUAUUUUAGCUAAUGAUGGAAACAAGACAUCUGUUGCCAAACCAAAGUCAAUGUGUUUAGACCCAAGUGAAGGUAAACUGUACUGGGUGGACGAUGGUGGAUUUGGUGUUCCUCCCAAGGUUGCCAAAGUGAACAUGGAUGGGUCAAAGCCAGUAAUAUUGCUAGAUGAUAUCCAACGUCCUGAGGCUAUUACUAUUGAUUUAAAGGAAAAGAUGCUUUACUUCAGUUCUCAAUAUCCAAGCUAUGUGAAGGUGAUGGAUGUGAAUGGUAAUAACCUUCGCACCCUUCUUGAGACUGCAAAUAACAUUGCUCAGCCAAAGGCACUAGGGGUGUAUGAAAAUAGAUUGUAUUAUCUUGACCCGAAAUAUGAGCGAAUUGGCAGAGUAGAUCUUCCUAGUGGUGACAAUCCCAAAACUCUUCUUGAAAAUGAGCCAGAUUUGAAAACCUUUACUAUUUAUCAAAAGCAGCAACCAUCUGUGACACACCCGUGUAUGAGUAAUAAUGGAGGGUGUGAACAACUUUGCAUCCCCUCAGACAAUAACAACAGAGUCUGUGCUUGCUCGGUUGGCUUCCGCAAAGAAAACCAGGUGAACUGUGCGCCUUACAAAACAUUUGCAGUUGUAUCUCAAUUAGAUAUAACUCGUGGAUACAGUCUUAAGGACUCAUCUGAAGCAAUGGUUCCCAUCAGUGGUCCAAAUCACCACAUUUUGCAUGUUGACGUACUUUUCAAAAGUAACUGGAUUUACUGGGUGGAGUUCAAUCGUGGUGUUUGGAAUGGAAUUUUCCGGGUGAGACCAAAUGGUACAGAGCUAGAACCUGUUGUUAAAGAUGGUAUUGGAUCCAAUGGAAUAAGGGGACUUACAAUUGAUUGGAUUGCUGGAAAUCUCUACUUUACUAAUGUUUUCCCUCAUGAGAACUACUUGGAAAUAUGUUGGUUGGAUGGUUCCCAUCGCAAAGUAUUGGUACGAACAACUACUGAUGCACCACGAGAACUUGCUGUAAAUCCUAUUAAGAGGUUGUUGUACUGGAUUGAUUACGGCCAGUACCCUCGCAUUGGUAAAGCCUAUUUGGAUGGUUCAAACUGGCAGCCUAUUGUAACGUCAGGCAUCAGCAACCCGCGAGAUUUGACUGUUGAUAUGCUCACACAUGAUGUCUAUUGGGUGGAUUCUAAACUUGACAUGAUUCAAAAGGUUUCUUUCAGUGGUGGCAAUAGACAGGUGAUAAGACGCAAUUUGCCAAAUGCUAUGGGUGUAGCAGUUCACAUGGGAGAUGUCUACUGGGUUGAUAGAAAUUUGAAUACGGUAUUCCGUGCAUCUAAACUUCCUGGAAACACAUCUUUGGCCACUCAAGUUAGAACAAACCUCCCUAAACUUAGAGACAUAGCAAUUUUUGAUCUUACCAAUCAGCCUCCAGAUGAAAGCAAUCCGUGCCAACGGCUAGGCAAUGGUGGAUGUGACCAAUUAUGUUUCUCUUACCCUCAAGAGGUAUCUUCCAAUAAGUUCCACUACCGAUGUGAUUGUGCAACUGGUACACUUUCACCAGCCCAAAAUGGCAACACAUGUGAUGUAACUUCAGAAUAUUUAGUCUUCUCUACAAGAACAGACAUUAGAUCAAUAUAUUUAGAUCCCAAAACAACUAGUGUACCAUUCAGACCAGUGGGAAAUCUUACCAAUGUAGUUGGCAUUGACUUUGAUUAUGCAGAUAAAAAGCUCCUCUUCACCCAAAUUAGGCCAUGGGCUAAGAUUGCUGAGAUGUCCGCCGCUGUGCUACCUCCAACUCCGUCAGAAAUUAAAACUAUUAUCAGUAGAGGUAUUAAUCCUGAAGGAAUUGCCUAUGAUUGGACACAGAAGAAAGUAUAUUGGACAGAUUCUUCUAACAACAGCAUUUAUGCCAUGAACACUGAUGGGUCCGAUUUGGUUAUGAUAGCAAGAGUAGAAAGACCACGGGCUAUUGUGGUAGACCCGUGCAAUGGGUCCCUGUACUUUACAGAUUGGGGCCGAUUUGGUCUCUCAGGAAAAAUAUUCCGUACUACCAUGGCUGGCUCUCUGAAAAAGGCAAUCAUUGAUAAAGACUUAUCACAGCCCAGUGGACUUGCUAUUGAUUAUGAUGAUAGAAUGCUGUAUUGGACUGAUGCCGUGAGAGAAAAAAUUGAGAGAUCAACAUUGACUGGCGAAAACAGAGAAGUUUUGAUAUCUGCUACCAUCUAUCCCUUUGCUAUUACAGUGCAUGGACCAUAUAUCUAUUGGACUGACCUGCAACUCAGAGGAGUGUACAGGGCAGAAAAAUAUACUGGAGCCAAUAUGAUUGAGAUGGUCAAGCGUCUUGAUGACUCACCAAGGGACAUUCAUGUUUUCUCACCAGAUAGUCAAAAGUGUACUGUUAAUCCGUGUCAUAUCAACAAUGGUGGCUGCUAUCAAUCUUGUCACCCUGGACCUAAUGGAACUGUGGAGUGCAAAUGUGAUGAAAACUCUAAGCUUGUAAAUGAAAACAGAAUGUGUGUGAGGAAGAACUUGACUUGUGACAGUAGCAAAUUCUACUGUCGUAAUGGAAAGUGCAUAUCUCGCAUGUGGGCAUGUGAUGGUGAUGAUGAUUGUGGAGACAACAGCGAUGAAGAUCUUAAUUAUUGUACAUAUCAUUCAUGUAGUCCAAAUGAAUUCCGCUGUAAUAAUGGUAGAUGUAUUUUCCGGUCCUGGAAGUGUGACCAUGAAAAUGACUGCCGUGAUGGUUCGGAUGAAUUGGACUGUAAUUAUCCCCCUUGUGCCAAUGGAGAGUUCACUUGUGCCAAUCAUCGUUGCAUCCCAAUGUCCCAAGUAUGUAAUGGUGUCAAUGAUUGCAAAGAUAAUGGAACCACUGACGAAACACAUGAAAGAUGUCCAAGAAACACAACCUGUCCAGUUAACCACUUGAAGUGUGAGAAGACAAACAUUUGUGUGGAGCCUUACUGGUUAUGCGACGGUGACAAUGACUGUGGAGACAACAGUGAUGAAGACCCAAUGCACUGUGCACCAAGGACAUGCCCGCAAAAUAGCUUCCGCUGCCCCAACCAUCGCUGUAUUCCUGCAACAUGGUACUGCGACGGUGAUGAUGACUGUGGUGACGGAUCUGAUGAGCCCCCAGAAUACUGCAAAUCAGAGGGAAGGACUUGCUUUGGUGACCUUUUCACUUGUGAUAAUGGAAACUGUAUUCCAAGGAUAUAUAUUUGUGAUGGUGAUAAUGAUUGUUUGGACAAUUCUGAUGAAGAUAGCAGACACCAGUGCAAUGAUAGAAAAUGUGAUGAAGAAACAGAAUUCACUUGUAUGGAAAACAAGCAUUGGAAUCGUGCCCAGUGCAUUCCUCGGAAAUGGCUGUGUGAUGGAGACCCUGAUUGUGUUGAUGGUGCUGAUGAAAAUACAACCCUGCACAAUUGCCCAACUCCACAACCCUGCAGUGAAGAGCAAUUUACAUGUGGGAAUGGCCGUUGUAUCAAUAAGGGCUGGUUGUGUGAUCAUGAUAACGAUUGUGGAGAUGGCACGGAUGAAGGGAAAGAAUGCAACUCACAGUACAAAACAUGUAGUCCACAAGAAUUUGCUUGCCAAAAUUUCAAGUGCAUUGGUAAUGUAUAUAAAUGUGAUGGAGAAGAUGACUGUGGAGACCACUCUGAUGAAGUUGGGUGUGAAAAGAAGAACAAAACUUGUGCUAAUGGCCAAUUCCAAUGCAACAAUGGAGAAUGUAUUGAUUACCAGUUGGUUUGUAACAAAGUGUCAGAUUGUUCUGAUGACUCAGAUGAACCUCUCCAUUGCAAUGUCGAUGAAUGUUCCAAAGUUGAAAUCCACCAGUGUGGUCACAAAUGUGUUGACACUCUAACUGGGUACUUCUGUGAAUGCAAUCAAGGUUACAAAUUGCUAAGUGAUGGAAAAGCAUGUGCAGACAUUGAUGAGUGUGUCGAAACACCUGGCGUAUGCUCUCAACUAUGCUCAAAUACUCCUGGAUCUUAUUACUGUAAAUGUGAUGAAGCCUACUAUGACAGAGAACCAGAUGAACACACCUGCAAGAGCAGAGACCGCACAAAGCCAUGGAUUGUUUUUACUAACAAGUAUUAUGUUCGAAAUAUGUCCUUGGAUGCUUCUCAAUACAGCUUGAUGCAUCAGGAUCUCAUGAAUGUUGUUGCUUUGGAUUAUGAUUAUAAGGACAACAAAUUGUACUUCUGUGAUGUAUCUGCAAAGACAAUCUUCAGGUCAACUAUUGGAGGUGAUGGAGUAAAGGAGCCAGUCAUCAGACACGACAGUCAUGGCCUUGAAGGAAUUGCUGUGGACUGGGUUGGACGUAAAUUAUAUUGGCUGGACAGACAUAGCAAGCAUUUGGAAGUCUCAGAAUUGGAUGGAACUCGCCGCAAGACCCUUAAGCCGGGAAUUCCUGACCCAAGAGCUGUUGUUGUUCAUCCUGGAAUUGGCUAUCUGUUCUUUACAAGUUGGCAUCUUCAAGCUUUCAUAGGAAAAAUGGGUAUGGAUGGUUCUAAUUUCACUCGUAUCCUCAACUGGAAUAAUGAUAUUGCCUGGCCAAAUGCCCUCACUAUUGAUUACUUCACCGAUCGCAUUUACUUUGCUGAUGCCCAUCUCGAUUAUGUUGCUUCGACUGAUCUUGAGGGUCGACACCGGCAUGUUAUAUUGUCUGGAGACAAAGUUCCUCAUGUCUUUGCCAUCACUCUCUUUGAUGAUCAUAUUUAUUGGACUGAUUGGAAUUUAAAGGCUAUCAGUAAAGCAAACAAAUUUACUGGAAAAGAUUUAGCUGUAAUCAGAAACACCACCCAUCGACCAUAUGACAUCCAUGUUUACCAUCCUCUUCGCCAGCUUCCAUACCCCAAUCCAUGUGGUGCUGACAAUGGUGGUUGUUCCCAUUUGUGCCUUCUGAAACCAGUUCCUGGUGUUGAUCCUAGUCCUGAUGGCUAUGGAGAAACUCAGAGUCCUGUGACAUUUACAUGCGCCUGCCCAAAUCAAUUCUACCUGGCUUCUGACAAUAAAACUUGUAUUGCAAACUGCACCUCUGGCCAACAUCACUGUCAAGGACCGGAUGAAAAAUGUAUCCCAUGGUUCUGGAAAUGUGAUGGUGAACCAGAUUGUAGAGAUGGAUCAGAUGAACCGUCCAGUUGCCCUUCACGUCACUGUAGAGCGGGAGCAUACCAGUGUCAGAAUGGAAACUGCACAGCUUCAGCCACAAUUUGCGAUGGAGUUGAUGACUGUGCAGAUGGCUCUGAUGAGAAGAACUGUGAUAAGCCAUGUCCAGAUUUAGAAUUUAAGUGUAGGUCGAAUGGACGUUGUGUUCUAAAUUCAUGGAAGUGUGAUGGUGAUGCUGAUUGCAAAGAUGCUAGUGAUGAAGAUCCAGCAAUCUGUCACAACCGUGAGUGUGAUCCAGAAACUGAGUUCACUUGCAAGAAUGGAAGAUGUAUACAGAAAUUAUGGGUGUGUGAUUUUGACAAUGAUUGUGGUGAUGAUUCGGAUGAACCAGCUUAUAAAUGUAGGCAACGCCAGUGCCCAAAUGGCUGGCAGAGAUGUCCAGGCCAGGCAAAUUACAGGUGUAUUCCAAAAUGGCUGUUCUGUGAUGGGAAAGAUGACUGCCGCGAUGGUAGUGAUGAAUUUCCUCAAAAUUGUCCCAAGUGCCAUGAAACAGGAGAUUUCCAGUGUGCCAAUAACAACCGUUGUAUCCCGAAACGUUGGCUGUGUGAUUUUGAAAAUGAUUGUGGAGAUAAUAGUGAUGAAAGUGAAGCUCUUUGCCGUGGCUCUUACAGAGAAUGUUCUGAAUCUGAAUUCCGGUGUAACAACAACAAGUGUAUUCCUAACAGAUGGCGGUGUGACCAUGAUGAUGACUGUGGUGAUGGUAGUGAUGAACUUAACUGCUCUGGCUUCACAUGUAAAAAUGGCACAUUCCAGUGUGCUAGUGGUCAUUGUAUUGCCGCAUAUUUCCGAUGUGAUGGUGACCGAGAUUGUAGAGACAUGUCAGAUGAAAUGGAUUGUCCUCCACGGUAUCCAAAUGGCCGUUACUGCCCUGAGUCCAAGUUUCAAUGCAAAAACCACCUGUGUAUUCUACAGGGUGAUUUGUGUGAUGGGGCUGAUGACUGUGGUGAUAAUUCUGAUGAAUCCCCAGAGCAAUGUUCGAACUUCCACUGUGACACUCAAAGAAGAUUCCAGUGUGAAAAUCAUCGUUGUAUUCCUAAAUAUCAGCUUUGUGAUGGACAAGAUAACUGUGGUGAUGGAAGUGACGAAAACAAUAUGACUAUUUGUAAGCACCAAUCCAAAUCAUGUGAUCCAUAUUUAGAAUUCAAGUGUGCUAAUAAGGAGUGUAUUGCACUCAGUAUGGUUUGUGAUUAUGCUGAUGACUGUGGAGACUCCUCAGAUGAAUUGGGUUGUCAUCAUAAUAAGGUCUGUCUAGAUGCUACCAGGGGUGGCUGUGAACAUCAAUGCCACAACUUGACAGGAGAUGCAGGAGGUUACAUUUGUACUUGUUUCAAUGGCUAUGUAAUAUCUCCAGAAAACAGGCAGAAAUGUGUGGACGUGGAUGAGUGUGCUACUGGAACACACAGGUGCUCACAACUUUGCACUAAUUUAAAUGGAACAUAUCAGUGCUCAUGUAGAGAAGGCUUUGCGCUGUCAGAUGGAGGAGUCUGUAAAACUUUAGCAGAAGAUAUGGCUGAAACUACCAUAAUAUAUUCCACUGGUCCCGAAAUCCGAGCUUAUGGUCUUCUGUCAAGAAGAGAGGCUGAUGUCAUUCCUGAUGAGAAGCGAAUUGAAGCAAUUGAUUUUAACCCGAAGCUAGAAAUGGUCUUUUGGGCUGAUUCACAUGAUCGGACCAUCAAACGAUCUUACAUGCUUAAUGCUCAGAAUGGUAAUGCGAAGAUUGGAUUUGCUCAAGAUUUGAACAUCAAAGGCACUUGGAAAACUACAGGCCUGGCAGUUGAUUGGAUUGCAAACAACUUGUAUUGGACAGAGUUAGACAGAUCAGGAACUAAACAGAAGGGGCGCGUAAUGGUGUCAAAGGCUGAUGGAAGGUACAGGCGUUCCCUUGUAUCUGGGGUUUUAGAAGCACCAACAUCAUUAGCUGUUGAUCCACAAUCUGGUCGCUUGUUCUUUGCUGAUGCUGGUUCAGCUGCUAAGAUUGAGAUUGCAUGGAUGGAUGGCUCAAGAAGGCGUCCUCUAGUUGUAGACAAUAUUCGACAUCCUACAGGUCUAACUAUUGACUACUCCAUGGAUCAAACACUCUUCUGGGCUGAUGCCAAACUUAACAAAAUUGAGAGCAUAAGGCAAGAUGGCUCAAAUAGAAGGACCAUGAUAAAGAGUAGUGACAAAAUUCAUCACCCUAUCUCCCUUGAUGUAUUUGAGAGCACCUUGUAUUGGGUGACGAGAGACACUGGAGAACUUAUUAAACAGGAUAAGUUUGGUAGAGGAGUUCCUGUUACUGUUGCUCGAGAUCUGGCAAAUCCAACAGAUGUUAAAAUUUAUCAUCAACUGCGGUACAAUACAUCUAUCAGUGACCCUUGUCACAACAGUCAUUGUUCUCAUCUCUGCCUCAUUGUUCCUAAUGGAUAUCGAUGUGCAUGUCCGGAUGGCUCGGCUGUUAGGAAACCUAGUUCCAACGAAGCAGUUUGCGAUGCUGCAUCUGAACGGGAGCGACCGGCACCUCGCAUCUGUCCCUGCCAAAAUGGUGGAAAAUGUAGGGAAACAGAUGAGGGAGAACUACAAUGUGAUUGUCAAUCUGACUACUUAGGACAGUACUGUGAUACCCAUGUCCAGCGAACAAGAGCUCCAGGCUCAGGAGCAAGCACCGCAGCUAUUGUCAUACCAAUUGUUGUCAUACUGUUACUGCUACUUGCUGCCGGCGCAGUGUACUUCGUUCAUCGAAAACGACCAUUUGGCAAGGGAACAGGUCUUGGUGGACUCACCAACUCACAGAGUGUGUCAUUUAGGCAGGGAACCAAUGUUGAGUUUGGAGCUUCAGCAUUCCCUCCAAACGGACCUGCUCAAAGAGGGGAGCCUAUGGAUGUGGAAUACAAUUUGGGUGAUAUGAGUACGAAGAGUCGUGACUUUAGCAAUCCAAUGUAUGAUGCACUUGGUGGAGAAGGUGGGGGAGGCACUGGCCCAGGAAACGGCAGUGGCAUUUAUGAAGUGCCAGCCGAUGUUGCAAAGUCAAAGUUUAGUGCUGAUGACAGUGUCUUGUCAAGUCCAGAACCUGCAUCAGCAAUUUUAGCUCCAUCCAGUGUCAUUCAGCGGUCUUCACCGCAAAUUCAUAUAAGACACAGGGAACUUGACCCAACCUCAGUUGACACAGGCAAAGACACUCAAAAGCUUGUGGAAGAGGAUCGGUCAGACUGCUAGCCACACUGAACCGCAUAAAAUGCGGAAGAACUGUGAAACUCUGUGGUUAAACCAGUUAGACUGUUAGUGAAAACCUAUGCUGUGCUCACACCACACUAAAUGGAAUUAUUGAAAUUCUUUAGACUAUUUUUAAAAAUAAAUGAACUGUGAAUUUGAAAAAAAGAUAUAAUUAAUUAGAAUGACUUAUGGUUGGUCUGACAUUUUAUUAAGCAAGCAUAGGACACGUCUGAAUCUCAAUAUCCUAAAGAAAAGAGACUAUAUUUUGUCAAUACUUUUGUAUCUAUUUUAUGUUAUGACUUAUGACUUGUUAAGUGGUGUAAUUUUAUUUUUCUUUUGUUUUUGUUAAUGUUUGUUGGCCCACCUAUCUCUCUCUCCCUCUCUGCCUUGAAUUUUUUCCAUUAGUUAUUCUCAGUAUUUAUACAGCCAGGAAACAUUUGAAAUUUGUAUUUAUUGACUUCUCCUUGCUAUGAUAAUGAAAGGAAUGUUUGUUUUGUUAUUUGUUUUUUUCUAUGAAUAUGUAGAUAUAUGAUAGGAAUAAAGACUUAAAGCAUUCCAGGGGUAUAUUUGUGAUCUGAUAUUUAGAUUGUAAAUGCAUUUUGUGCUGUCUUAUAUCAGACUGGUGGUGUAGUUCACAUCUUCAAAAUUAAUUGUCAGAGUAAACUCUCCUCCCUAUAGUCAUUCAAACUAAUUUUUCAAAUAGGAGAUGUUUUGUACUCUUGACUUUGUUUCCUCUAAUGUAGUUUUAGACACAAGCCGGAGAGGGAGAGGGAACAAUGUGAAAGACCUGUUCAGUUAAAUGCGGCCAACAUGUCACAACUGGCAGGUCUUUGUAAUCCAAAGUGAGCUGUUUGCUACAGCUUAUGCCAUAACAAGACAUCUUUAUCUGGUGCCUCAAUGUUGAUUGGAGUGUCUCUUAGCAUUGUGAUUGUUACCAAGGACAGAAUUUGGGACCUGCUCAACAACACACAUGUUAUUAGUUUGUGUGUGAAUUGUCAUUCAAAUUGAAAAUGUGACUCAGUUAAAGUUUGAUUUGUUCCAAGUUAGUUUUGAGAUUUUGAGAUGCUGUUUUUGAAUGACAGCAGUGUGACAUUAAAUUGAUACAUUCCGUCUUUUUACAUAGUCUUAAGUGAGUGCAUUGCCUACUUCUUUGUGAACAGCUCACACUCUUUGUCAAUACAUGAGUGUAAGAGCUGAUGAUUUAAAAUUGUGAUAAUAGGGAGUAAAUACAACCUUUAAAAGUGUGUUUUUUCAGCUAUUUGCUAUGUUUGUGAAGUGAUUUUUACAUUAAUCAUUUAUUGAUAAUUGGCCAUACUUUUGGGCUUCAUUCCCAAAACUCUUUUUCUGCAUCUAGUUUUCUUGAAAGAAACCAGAGCCUUCAAUUUUUUGCUUGCAAGCAAUAAAAUUAUUCAUUUGUUUUAUUUUAUACAUGUUGAAUAUUCUAAGUCUAUUAAGAAAUCUAUGAAGAACCUGCUUCUAAAUACUGUACAUGAGAUAAAUCCUGUUUAUUUUUCUAUAGGUUAAAGGUGAAUUGGUGUAAUUGUUUAUGAGAACAGAAGAACUGUCACAUAUUUUCCAAUGAUGUACAUACUGUUUUUAACCUGAAUAUUGGAUCUGUAAAAUAAUGUAUGUUAUUGACAGAAAAAGAAAUUUUAGAACAGUUGAAACAAA